GAAAGAACACGAUUGACAUCGCAAGAAAAUUCUCACAAAUGAUGAAAACGUAAAAAUCUGAAAUUUUCAGGAAAAGGACAUCAUCAUGAGUGCAAUUGACUUCAAGAAUCAAGGGAACAAAUAUUAUGCUUCUAGAAAUUACGAGGCUGCUGUCAACUGUUACUCUAAAGCGAUUAUCAAAAGUCCAAACACUCCAACAUUUUUCACAAAUAGAGCUUUGUGUUAUUUAAAACUAAAGAAUUGGGACCAGACAGUUCAGGACUGUAGACGAGCCUUAGAUCUCGAUAGAACCAUUGUUAAGGGACAUUUUUUUAUGGGACAGGCUCUCGUUGAACUGACUUUUUACGAUGAGGCUAUAAGUAGUCUUAAAAGAGCCAAUGAUUUAGCAAAAGAACAGAAAAUGAAUUUUGGAGAUGAUAUUACCAGUGCUUUAAGAAAUGCUAAGAAGAAGAAAUGGAAUAUGCUAGAAGAAAAGAGAAUCCAACAGGAAAUAGAACUUCAAUCAUAUAUAAACACAUUAAUACGAGAAGACACGGAUAGAUUAAAAAAUGAAGUGAAAAAGACAGCUAAUGAAGAUGAUGAUGCAGACAAAAUUUUGAGUGAAAUUGAAGAACAACAGGAUCAAAGAAUCAAGGAAAUGAAUGAUCUGUUUGCACAGCUGGAUGAAAGAAGAAGGGCCAGAGAUGUUCCUGAUUUCUUGUGUGGGAAGAUCAGUUUUGAACUUUUACGUGACCCAGUCAUUACACCAAGUGGAAUAACCUAUGAUAAAAAAGACAUUGUAGAACAUCUUCAGAGAGUGGGACAUUUUGACCCUGUAACAAGAACUGAUUUAACUCAAGAUCAGCUGAUUCCAAACUUAGCCAUGAAAGAAGUUAUUGACAAUUACCUGGAAGAAAAUCCGUGGGCGGAGGACUAUUGAGGAUGUGAAGACAGCAGUGUUUUGUUGACACCAUUCCAAGUCCUUUUUUGUAUACACCUGUAUAUAUGUAUGUAUGUUUAGGCACUUGGUGAUAUUGAAAGCUUAAGCUGUUUGUAUAAAUAGGAAAGGGGCUUUCAUUAUAAAGAUUUUGUGUGCAAUUUAUUCAUAGUUGAUAUAUGAUGUUAAAGAUGUAUUGUGGAUGGCCAAUUCAUGCAUUUACAUAUUGACCAUAUUCAUCUCAUUUACACGUACAUGUAUAUUGUUUUUAUGCAAAAUGGGGGUCCAUUAAUGUAGGUUGUUUUAUUAAAGAUACCUGUAAUUUAGGAUGUACAGUGUAAUUGUGUUUCAGAUAUAGACCCCUAUGAUCUGUAUUCUUUAUAAAUGCAAUAAGUUGAAGAAUUCUACAGAGUUUCAAUGAGAUUUGAUGUGUUUAUCUGGUGGAAGAACUGCAUCAUGUUUCUUUACAACAGUUAUUUUUCACUUGUAUUGUUAUUUUUCCUCUUUAUUAUUAAAGAGAAAAAUUGUACUAUAAACCACUAACUUGAUAGAAUCCAUGCAUUAUGCAUGCAUUGUUUUACCUAUAAUUUUACCUAUAAUUUUUUAUUAUACAUGUACAUGUAUAUAAACUAUUUAUAUCCUGUUGUUUCAUCAUUAGGGUAACUGUAUCAUGUAGAAAUAAUUGAGACAGAUCUCUCCAGUUCAGUUCAUGUUGACAAACAAAUGUCUCAAAUGUAUGAGAAGAAAAACUUAGUGACUUUUAGUUGGUAAGGAUAAUUUGUAAUUGUCUGUUGAGAUGAGUUAGUUGGUAAGGAUAAUUUGUAAUUGUCUGCUGAGAUGACUUAGUUGGUACGGAUAAUUUGCAAUUGUCUGUUGAGAUGACUUAGUUGGUAAGGAUAAUAUGCAAUUGUCUGUUGAGAUGACUUAGUUGGUAAGGAUAAUUUGCAGUUAUCUGUUGAGAUGACUUAGUUGGUAAGGAUAAUUUGCAGUUAUCUGUUGUGAUGACUUAGUUGGUAAGGAUAAUUAGAAAUUGUCUGUUGAGAUGACUUAGUUGGUAAGGAUAAUUAGCAAUUGUCUGUUGAGCAUUUUACAAUCAAUCAAGGUUUUUUUUAUUAUCCUCAUUAAUACAAUGUAAUGUAUAACUGUGCCAGUGGAUAAGACAUAUAUAUUCAUACCAGUAACUGUAGUAGCUAGAUCUCUUGGGAGAUUUUUACAU